ACAUUUCAAACCCUCAACAAAAACACAACACAAACAUUGAAACACAAACACAAGACAAGACGCAUCUAGAGAGAUCGAAGAAGGAAAAAAAACAAACAGGAGCAAGACAAGAGCCUUACUUUACAUACAUUACACACCUUUCCCUUCACAUCUCAGGUUAGAUACAAUGGAAAGUGGAGGUAACUCCCUUCCAUCAGGUCCAGAUGGUGUCAAGAGAAAGAUUUCAUAUUUCUACGACCCAGAAGUUGGUAACUAUUACUACGGACAGGGUCAUCCUAUGAAACCACAUCGUAUUAGAAUGACACAUGCUCUUUUAGCCCAUUAUGGCUUGCUUCAACAUAUGCAAGUCAUUAAACCCACCGCCGCGAAAGACCGGGAUCUCUGCAAGUUUCACGCCGAUGAUUAUGUCGCUUUUUUGAGGGGUAUCACCCCGGAGACUCAGCAGGAUCAGCUCAGACAGUUGAAGAGGUUUAAUGUUGGUGAAGACUGUCCUGUCUUUGAUGGUCUUUACUCUUUUUGUCAGACGUAUGCUGGUGGUUCUGUUGGUGGUGCUCUUAGAUUGAACCAAGGUGUUUCUGAUAUUGCUAUUAAUUGGGCUGGUGGUUUGCAUCAUGCGAAGAAAUGCGAGGCUUCGGGGUUUUGUUAUGUGAAUGAUAUUGUGCUCGCUAUUUUAGAACUUCUCAAGAUACACGAGCGUGUUUUAUAUGUGGACAUCGAUAUCCACCAUGGUGAUGGGGUUGAGGAGGCCUUUUAUGCUACGGAUAGGGUUAUGACUGUUUCGUUUCAUAAGUUUGGGGAUUACUUUCCGGGAACAGGAGAUGUUCGUGAUAUUGGAUAUGGUACUGGGAAAUAUUAUUCCCUCAAUGUUCCGUUAGAUGAUGGAAUUGAUGAUGAGACCUACCAUUCGUUGUUUAAGCCGAUAAUGGGAAAGGUGAUGGAGAUUUUUAAACCAGGUGCUGUGGUAUUGCAAUGUGGUGCCGACUCUUUAUCUGGAGACAGGUUAGGUUGUUUCAAUCUUUCAAUCAAAGGUCAUGCGGAGUGUGUCAAAUAUAUGAGAUCCUUUAAUGUUCCUCUUCUGUUGCUUGGUGGAGGGGGAUAUACGAUAAGAAAUGUCGCACGAUGUUGGUGUUAUGAGACAGGUGUUGCUCUUGGGAUUGAACUAGAUGAUAAGAUGCCCCAACAUGAGUAUUAUGAAUAUUUUGGUCCUGACUACGCUCUUCACGUUGCUCCCAGUAACAUGGAAAACAAAAACUCUCGACCUUUAUUGGAUGAUAUAAGAUCAAAACUUCUGGAGAAUUUAUCUCGGCUUCAACAUGCACCAAGUGUCCCAUUCCAGGAGCGACCACCAAACACUGAACUUCAAGAGAGAGAUGAAGACGAUGAAGAUAGAGAUGAAAGAUGGGAUCCUGAUUUUGACAUGGAUGUUGAUAGCAAUUCUCUUACCGGAAGAGUGAAAAGUGAAUACGCUGAAGCUGAGCAUAAAGACGCGGAAAGCUAUCAUAAUCAUCUAGACAGUAGAAGAGACACCGUUACAUCUUUCAAGGAUAUUGCAUGCUCCAAGGUGACAGGGUCUCGCGUAGAUUCAAUGGCAGUGGAUGAACCGUUCAUAAAAGAAGAGCAAGAUAAAUUAGCCGAGCAUUCCGAUUACAAGCCAAGAUGAAGCAUGAGAACUAGUGUCUGUCGGCGUGUAAAUUAUAAAUUAUAGUUCCCUCUUACAAGCUGUAUGGCGGCAUUCAUUGAUGUUAUUGGGUUUCAAAAUUUUGCUUCAUCUGGAAACUGAUAUUGGUCAAACUUGGUAUAGCUUUUGAUGUCAUUAUAACUGUAAGAUUAAACUGAGAUAUCAUCUCUAAUGGUGAUGCUUGGUUUUCUUCCUUUUCUUGAGCUUUGUUAGCUGUAAGACAUUAUUAAAUUAUCCUGUAAAAGUGAGUAGCUCUUUGUUGGAUAUCUUUAGGAUGAAGAAUGUAUAAUCGGCUGUUGUGUUUCUUGUGAAAAUGAUGAAACAUUGUUACUACAGGGUGCAACUAUUUUGAUACAA